CAAAGUAAAGCUUCAAUCUUUCCCACCCAGAUUUUGAUUUUCUUUUGUCCUUUGAUUUUUUUUUCACUGCUGUGGGUCUCUUUGUAGGUGGAGAACCCUACAAAGAUCCAAAGCAGGAAAUUUUCCACACAAUGUUGCACGAGAUCUGUCUUAUUACAGGAAUCCUCGCUUGCCUCUGCUCAAUGUCGUUCUGAUACCGGAAAAAUUUUUCGCCCAUCAGGUAGAAACAUGGGAUCUAAUCUUGACAACACCUUAUCUAAGACUUACAAUGGUUUGGAGCUAUGGGAAAUCAUUGUGAUUGUUCUUGCUGUGGUGUUUGUAGUAGUUCUUGCUGUAUCACUAUGGCUUAUGUUCCGAAAGAAAACGUCAAGAGCUACCAUUCAAAUCCCUCUAUCCCAGAUCCCUUGUGUCCCCGAGGAAAUUAAGGAGAUAAGGGUUGAUGAGGUUUCGUCUAGCAAUGGCGGGCUUCCCUCAAUUAGUGAUAAGUAUGGGGAUAACGAACCAGAAAAGGUAAUCCCGACCUCAGAGAACGGAGAUGGCAGUAGCAGGUCAGGCUCCUUCACUAAUUUGGAGAAAAAGGAUGGGUCGGGUGUAUCUUCGUCUAAUCCAUUGACAGCUCCAUCUCCCUUGUCUGGUCUGCCCGAGUUUUCUCACCUUGGAUGGGGUCACUGGUUCACCCUGAGAGAUCUUCAAAUGGCCACAAGUCAGUUCUCGAGGGAAAAUAUAAUCGGUGAUGGAGGAUAUGGAGUUGUUUAUCGUGGAACCCUUGUUAAUGGAACUCCUGUGGCCGUCAAAAAGCUGCUCAACAACCUAGGGCAAGCUGACAAAGACUUCAGAGUAGAAGUCGAGGCAAUAGGUCAUGUUCGCCACAAAAACUUGGUCCGUCUUCUGGGAUAUUGCAUGGAGGGAACUCAAAGGAUGUUGGUUUAUGAGUACGUUAACAAUGGAAAUCUGGAGCAAUGGCUCCGGGGAGACAAACACCAUCAAGGAUUUCUUACAUGGGAGGCCCGUUUGAAAAUUCUUAUCGGAACAGCCAAAGCGCUUUCGUACCUUCACGAGGCAAUAGAGCCUAAAGUAGUGCACAGAGACAUAAAAUCUAGCAAUAUACUAAUCGACGAGAACUUCAAUGCUAAAAUAUCUGACUUUGGACUUGCUAAGCUGCUUGGUGCUGAUAAAAACUUCAUAACAACCAGAGUUAUGGGUACCUUCGGAUACGUUGCUCCGGAAUAUGCUAAUUCUGGCCUUCUGAACGAAAAGAGCGAUGUCUACAGUUUCGGAGUUGUACUCUUAGAAGCCAUAACUGGAAGAUACCCUGUAGACUAUGCUCGGCCACCUCCCGAGGUACAUUUAGUGGAAUGGUUGAAGAUGAUGGUCCAACAAAGGAGAUCAGAGGAGGUAAUUGACUCAAACCUCGAAACAAAGCCAUCCACCAGUGCCCUAAAGCGAACGCUCUUGACGGCUUUGAGAUGUGUUGAUCCCAUGGCUGACAAAAGACCGAAAAUGAGCCAAGUGGCACGUAUGCUUGAAUCUGAGGAAUACCCUAUUCCUAGAGAGGACAGGAGAAGAAGAAGGAAUCAGACAGGGACGACAUAUUCUGAGCCUCCAAGGAACAGCACUGACACUGACAAGAGUGACUGCAACGACCAGAAGGUGGAUAAUACCGUACAGAACAAUGCUCUGUAGCACAGAUCCAUUAAACCGGAAAGAUGCCAGAUUUUUGGAGUGAAUCUUGAAAAAGUUCCAAGCUUUCUGGAUCUAUUGCUUGACCGUACUCAUUCCCGGGUUUGGAUUAUGUAGUUUUCGGUUUCCUAAUAAAGAGAGGUUUCGUCUUACUCUUAUGAUGUGAGAAAGAAGAUGGUUACUUUGUCUCUGAGGAGGGUGUCUGCAACUGCGAUGGGGAAGGAGUUUUUGUACAGGUCUGUCAUGGUUGUAUUGUUGUUUCGGGUUUCUGCAUUUGCACUGUAGGUUGUUUCUGGACCAAGAAAACGCCAUUUUCAGAUUUGUAGGUAAGUGAACGACGUGUAAUUUGUUUGUGGAAUAAUAUUGUCAUGUUUGGUUUUACA